CCUCCAGAGGAGACUGCGACCUGAACGCAGCGCCUUAGACCGCUCGGCCAUCCUGACUGUGAGUGUGAACGGCAGUUAGAUGGAUUGGUGCAGCAGGGAAGCGGCUGUGACCAGCGAGCGGCGGCGGUUGAUGUGUGAGGGCGGACGGUGAUGUCGGCCCCGCGGUGUUUUCGCAGUUAUUCGGGAAGCGGCUGCGGGUGAACAUGGCGGCGGUGGGCCGCAAACUGAGCCGGGAGGAGCUCGCCGAGCUGGUGUCUCUGGCCUUGCGCUGCGGCCUCAGCCAGAGGGACAUCGCGGGGCUGCCGUCGGUGCAGAAGCUGCUGGGCCGCUCCCGCUCCGGCUCCGGCUCCCGGCGCGGCCUGCACGCCUGGGCCGCCCUCCUGCUCCUGGUCCUCCUCCUCCUCCUGGGUGGCCCGCUCCUCCAGCCCGGCCUCCGCCUGUGGUUCUGGCUCCGCGGCCUGCCGCCCCACACCCAGAUGUGCGCUCUGGGCCUGGGCGAGCUGCACAACCCGUUCCGCCGGCCCCUGGACUGCCGCGUCUGCCGCAACAUCACCGGCGUCGACCGGAGGAGUAACCUGAGCCACGAGGAGUUCCUGCGGGCGUACGCCUACUCCAUGCAGCCGGUGGUGGUGGAGGACGGCCAGAGGAACUGGUCCGCCAGGGAGGUCUUCAGCUUCGAGUUCUUCACACGGAUCUACGACAACGAGAGCCGGGCCCUGGACAGCAGCGCCAGCGAGUGCCAGUUCUUCCCGUACGACACCGAGUUCGUGAACCUCGGCGAUGUCUUCAGCAUGGAGGCCGGCCGUGCCGCCGGCAUGGACAGCAAGGCCAAGCCGUGGUACAUUGGAUGGAGUAACUGUGAUUCCAGUGCAGCAAGUAUCCUGAGACAGCACUAUAAGCGACCAUAUUUUAUCCCAGCCAUUUCUGAAUCCAGUAAAAUGGAUUGGAUAUUCAUGGGAGUACCAGGGCAUGGAGCCCACAUGCAUAUUGAUGAUGUAGAUAAUCCCUCAUGGCAGGCCCAAAUCAAAGGCAUCAAACACUGGAAACUGGAACCUCCAGCUGAAUGCUAUUACGAAUGUUCUUCUCUGGAAGCCAUUGUGUACCCUGGACAGAUCAUUGUGCUGGACACAAAUAAAUGGUUUCACGAAACACACAUUUUGGGUGAAGAACUCAGUAUCACUAUUGGUUCGGAAUAUGACUGACUUUGAGCAGGUCUUAAUCUCGGGAAAAGAAACACAAUGCCACAUUGUUAUGGCUUCAGAAGAAGAAUUGGGAGAAGGCUAUAGGAUUGGCUAAUGACUGUUACAGUUUGGAUGUAAGCCCAGCUUCAUGCAUGGUGGACCAUUGUACACAACAUCUAACGAUGGUCAACUGAAAGGACUGUAAGAUUUAUGUCUCUCUUAAUCCUUGAAAGCUUAAUUUUUCAGAAUGUCGGAACAGGGCAGAAGAAGAUAAAUAGAUUCAUCAAUACUACUGUUUCUGUUUCUGUUUUAAAAAACAAAUUCUGAAGAUGUAACACCCUUUAUCUUUGGAUAACUGACUUUCAGAAAAUGAGACUGAAGAGUUUGGAUCCGAGCAGUGUGUUAACAUUCCUUAGUGACCUCCACACACACGUUGAAAUUUACAGUCACAAUGUCUUGUGACCAAAUUCAACAGAAGUUUCAAAAAUGUUCUUUAUUUCCUCUCCCAAAUUUCAACCUGUCACAAUUGCUGCAGAGUUCCUGCAAGGUUCUUCCAUUCCCUUUCAAUCCUGUUCAGCACUAGUGUAUUUUAUUUACAGUGAGGUUUCAUUUGUUAGCUGAUGGGCCAUUUAUAAAAUAUAUAGAACUCUGAAAUCUCAUUUCAGUACUUGAAAAUUGGUUCACAGGUCAUUGAUUUCAUUGUUUGACUCUUUGUGAACUUAGAGUUUCAAUGAUCUGGUCUGUUAAUCUUGUUGUAUGCAAUUCAACUCAUGAACUGUUUCCCCAACACAGAUGCUGUCAGACUUGCUCAGGAUUUUCAGCAUUGUCCGUUUUUAUUACUAACUGAUCUCUCACUUUCAGCUUUUAAAGCAGUGAAUAUGCUGAAUAUUCCAUAACAUUAUUGGCUUCCAAUGAGAUGAGUUUGCAGUUACCUGGUUUUAUUCCUUUUCUUUUAAAAACUUAUUCAAAACAGUAGCUCUGAAUAAAUUCAACUAGAGAUUGCAAUUGGAUUUUCCAGUUCUCAUAUUGAAAUUACAGAGUGGCGGCUGUGAACGGCCUGGCUAUUUCAUUGCAACAACAAUAGCUCUUCCAUUUAAUUCUAACUUGAUGUCAGAAAUAUUUACAAUUUAAAAGAAAUAAUCAGAUGAUUUACUCUAAGUACAGGUGAAUUAUCAGCACAGCAUUUAAAAAUUAAAAUCCUUAUCAUACACAAUGAAUUUAAUUUGUCCAAACUUGCAGUAGGGAGCCCUACAUUGUGAUUCAGAGGAUCAGCUGUAUGUUGUGAUGCAGAGCCAAUCAGGCUAGGAAGGACUACUUUUGAGCAAAAAAAUCAUGUAGAGUUGGAAAGUCAUGUGUAUGACCCAUGUACAUCCAGCCUUUGAGGUGGAAUUCAGGAUGGUUGGAGGUUUGGGUUGUGGGAGGGAAUUGAAACCUUAUGGUGGUUCCUGGUCCUGACUGCUAACCAAUGAUUCUCCUGGUUUGGACUGGAAUGUGGCUUACUGGUAAACUCCAGCCCAGUUCUGGUAAGUGAAGACUGGAGCUCAGGCUCUGAAAUCCAGUGGGAUACUUGGCUAAGUGUCUAUCAGCUGGUAUUAAGCUGGAAGGGAUGUUCACUUUUGCAGGCUGUUAGUCAGCCUGCCAGUCCUUCUAGCGCUACACUCUUUUCUCCAAAGGAACAGUGUGAAGAUAUGAAAACAGUCUCCAUGUUGGAUGUGUGUAAGUGGACAGGGGAUCAGGUUCUAUUGGAAUAAAUAGCUCAUAUUUGUAUACAGUGUAUGUUGGGACUAGGCUUAUGUAGGAGGUAAUCGGGAGCUACUUGCAUCUGUGCGACUGGAACUGCCUGAUUUAAAAAGAAAAGAAAAUGUGUAAAUGCUUAAUUCAGCCUGAGUGAAGUUGACCAUCCACAUGUCACUUCAUAUUUGUCUGAUUUUAACCAAAAUCCUGCAUUUGGUUUGCCAGUUCAUGACCAAUUAUAUUCAUAGUCCACUCUAAAGCAGGUGAGCCUUUCUCUGACAUUUCUCUCUAAACUCCAUCCUUUUCAAGUGCAAAGCUGAGCAUAUUACUUGCAGCUGCUGUUAACCUCAUGACAUUUUUGUGUCUAAAUUCCUUGGCUUUGCUUGUUUACAGUAAUGACACUUCUGUAACUGCAGUAUACAUUUGUAAUGUAUAAUGUGUUUAAUAUGUGGUUUAAAGGCCUUGUGUUCCUGUUAGAAAGGUAUGUAAUUAACUUGGUUAUGUUUUGUAAGUCAUUGUCCUGUGGACACUUCCUAUAAAAAUUUCUCAAGUUACUUGAUGUAACCCAUCUGUCUGAU